CGGGGUGCCAAACAUUCUGCGAUGGCGAGAUUGCAUGUAUAUAAGAUCUCAAUUUCCUCUCUAAUAGACCCUUAGAUCUCAUCAGCUUCCUACCAAACACUCCUCGAACAGUUACCACCUUUACAAUACUCAUCAACACCGUCACAAUGGGCUCCGCUCAGGUCGAAUUCAAGAACCCUUCCACCAACACUCUCCUCGAGUUGGUUAAGGCCCGCCGUACCUACUAUGGUCUCAAGGCUGAGAGCCCCAUCUCCGACGAUGCUAUCCAGUCCAUUGUUGAGAGCUCCGUCCUCCACGUCCCCAGCUCUUUCAACACCCAGACCUCCCGUGUUGUUCUCCUGUUGAAGGAGGAGCACCAGAAGGUCUGGGACAUUGCCAUCAAGGCCAUGGAAGGUCUCGUUGCCGCCGGCGCCGUCCCCAAGGAGAUGUUCGAGAACCACACCAAGCCUAAGCUUGAGUCUUUCCGCGCUGGCUACGGAACUGUCCUCUUCUUCGUCGACUACGAGUCUCUUGCCCCCAUCAAGGAGAAGUUCGCCAUCUACGCCGACAAGUUCGACCCCUUCGCUCUCGAGUCCAACGCCAUGUCCCAGUACCUUGUCUGGACCGCUCUCGAGUCCGAAGGUCUCGGCGCCAACCUCCAGCACUACAGCCCCCUCAUCGACGCCGACAUCCAGAAGACCUGGGACCUCCCCGCCUCCUGGAAGUUGGAUGCCCAGCUCGUCUUCGGUACCCCUACCGGCGAGCCCGGCGAGAAGGCUUUCGCCCCUCUUGAGGACCGCUUCAAGGUCUUCGGCAAGUCUGCAUGAGUUUCACGAUAGAACUACUUUUUAUGGUGUAAUUUGAGCGUUAGAGCCUAGACUUCAAUGGCAUA